AUGUUGCUGACACCUGAGGUCAAAUUCCCUAUUACACUACAAUCAGAGCAACUAUCCAAGUUCAUUCUCGCAAUAAAUACGCAGGGCAUCAUCCGAAAUGACGACAAUAGCCAGCAGACUGCUUCUUUCUGUGAGAAACGUCUCAAGGGGCCCCCCAACACACACCACUGCUGCCAAGAGCCUCAUUCCUCGGAUAUCGCACAAUCAACCGAAAACUUUACCUCGACCGCUACCAUUCUCUACGACUACAAAUCAGACAAGUCGGACUUCGGAUACUUGGAAUCGAAGCCCGAGAUUCCCCUGGCGAUGAGCUUUCGGUCGAUCGGCAUCUGGAAAAACACCAAGCUAUUAUUGUUCAUAUUUAUCUGUGUUUCAGGCACCAUUCAGCUUUUCAUUUGGAGCGAGGAACUUUGGAAGUGGUGGAAAAAUGAGGAGGGGGACGAAGUUUGA